GGCGCGGCUAAGGCGCCCAGAUGGCCUGUGGGCGCCCCGCGCGUCCCUGGUUCCAGCAGCCGCACACCGCCGAGGCCUAGAGGCAAGUGGGAGGGACGCGUACAGUGCCGCGCGAGAGGGGCCCAAGAGGACGCGCGGCCCCGAGCCCGUCAGAGCACCGCCCUAGCCUUUUCGUCUCCGAAGUCAGCCCGUCUUCCUUCGGGAGCACGGGCACCCCGGGACCCCGGGGGCUGCUGAGCUGGGGGGGCGCUCGAGCUGCGAGGAUCCGGGCUGCCCGCGGGACGAGGAGCGGGCGCCCAGAAAGAGUUGGCAGUCUGGGACUAGAACCUCUGUGUCCCACGCUCCUCUGCUAUUUGCUCAUGUCACCAUUGGUGAAGCUGAAUAGGGGCUGCCUGUAGACUGCACCUGAGCUAUCCAGUUCGCACCACCCUUGCUGGGACCACCUUCCUCAUGUGGAUGAGGAAGCCAUUUGAGUUUUCAAACCCUGCCCUCCAAUCAUGACAAGGCCUCCCUUAUUAUAGAAAAGGAACUUCAGGCCCAGAGAGGGAUGGGGUGUGUGAAGUCCAGGUUCUUCCGAGAUGGAGGCAAGGUCUCAAAAAACGAGCCUAGCAGCAACCUACACAGCCCCGUGUAUGUGCCUGAUCCCACAUCCACCAGCAAGCGGCAGCCUGACAUCAGCAAUGGUAACCCAUCAGGACCUACGGAGGCUGAUUCUGAGGACAUCAUCGUGAUUGCCCUAUAUGAUUAUGACGCCAUUCACCAUGAAGACCUCAGUUUCCAGAAGGGGGACCAGAUGGUGGUCCUGGAGGAGUCUGGGGAAUGGUGGAGGGCUCGAUCCCUGGCCACCCAGAAAGAAGGCUAUAUCCCAAGCAAUUACGUGGCCCGUGCUGACACUCUGGAGACAGAGGAGUGGUUCUUCAAGGGCAUCAGCCGGAAGGAUGCAGAGCGCCACCUCCUGGCUCCCGGCAACGUGCUGGGCUCCUUCAUGAUCCGGGACAGUGAGACCACCAAAGGGAGCUACUCUUUGUCUGUGCGAGAUUACGACCCCCAGCACCGGGAUACAGUGAAACAUUACAAGAUCCGGACCCUGGACAAUGGGGGCUUCUACAUCUCCCCACGGAGCACCUUCAGCACCCUUCAGGAGCUGGUGGCCCACUACAAGAAGGGGAGUGAUGGACUCUGCCAGAAGUUGACAGUGCCCUGCGUGUCCUCCAAGCCUCAGAAGCCAUGGGAGAAAGAUGCCUGGGAGAUCCCCCGGGAAUCACUCAAGCUGGAGAAGAAACUUGGAGCCGGGCAGUUUGGAGAAGUCUGGAUGGCCACCUACAACAAGCACACCAAGGUGGCCGUGAAGACCAUGAAGCCAGGGAGCAUGUCUGUGGAGGCCUUCCUGGCAGAGGCCAACCUCAUGAAAACUCUGCAGCAUGACAAGCUGGUGAAGUUGCACGCAGUGGUCACAGAGGAGCCCAUCUACAUCAUCACGGAGUUCAUGGCCAAAGGAAGCCUGCUGGAUUUCCUGAAGAGCGAGGAAGGCAGCAGGCAGCCACUGCCAAAACUCAUUGACUUCUCGGCCCAGAUUGCAGAAGGCAUGGCCUUCAUCGAGCAGAGGAACUAUAUUCACCGAGAUCUCCGUGCUGCCAACAUCUUGGUCUCUGCAUCCCUGGUAUGUAAGAUUGCUGACUUCGGCCUGGCACGGGUCAUCGAGGACAAUGAGUACACGGCUCGGGAAGGGGCCAAGUUCCCCAUCAAGUGGACGGCUCCUGAAGCCAUCAACUUUGGCUCCUUCACCAUCAAGUCAGAUGUCUGGUCCUUUGGUAUUCUGCUGAUGGAGAUCGUCACCUACGGCCGGAUCCCUUACCCAGGGAUGACAAACCCUGAGGUGAUCCGGGCACUGGAACGUGGAUACCGGAUGCCUCGGCCGGAGCACUGCCCAGAGGAGCUGUAUAACAUCAUGACGCGCUGCUGGAAGAACCGCCCGGAGGAGCGGCCCACCUUCGAGUACAUCCAGAGUGUGCUGGAGGAUUUCUACACAGCUACCGAAAGCCAGUACCAACAGCAGCCAUGACAGGCGGGACCAGGCGGGACCAGGCAGAGCCAGGCGCCAAGGCGAUGCCUGUGAGGUGGCUGCAGCGCCAUCUGCCUGUUGCCCUUCCCAUUCCCAGACACCGCCGGACCUCCAGCCACAGUUCCUCAUAAGUAAAGUGUGUGGUUUGAACUGGACAAUCUCUUUUUGACUCUAGCAAGCCACAAUCUGGCAUUCUAUUGCUAUUCCUGGGGCAGCUGGAUUCCCUUUAAUGCUAUUGGAUGGGAAACUUUAAAAAUAAUGAAAUAAAUAUGUAAAUAAAAGGUAUGAAUGCUAAAGGC